AUGACUGAUUCGGCAGCCUUAGAUUUUGAGUUAUAUACCUGUUUCGCUCUUUUGCUUAGAGAUUUCGUACAUCCUUGGUACAAGUUAAUGACAACCGAUGACGACCUAACCAACGAAAUAUUGGAUAUAUUGAUCGUCUUAGCUCAAAAAUGCGAGAAAAGGUGCAAAGAGACUGACUGGACUGAGCUAACAUUAUGUGAUAUACCAAAAUUAUUGACGAUGCACUUUCAAGACUUUCAACUGGCAAAAACACGUUUACACAUGGAUCAUGGUAGUGGCUCUGAUAGUUUAAGUAGCUUAUUCCACGGUAUACAGCCACAUUUUGCUCUACAAUCUUCUUAUAGCGGCAAGACUAACAGUGGUAGUCAAGAACGACAAUACUUGGCAGUACUGACUGAAAGUAUGCUGAGGAUUUUACUGCGACCCAAGGAUUAUAAAAGUAGUUGUCUACGGCAACUCUUAAGAGAUAUCAUUUCAAAUCUUGUUCUGUAUAAUAUGAUUGAAGUAUUAGCAGAUCCGUACACAAUUCAUACAAUUAUUUGUAAGCUUUUAGGGUCCCAUGAACAAACUCUAGAUAAAUUAGAGGCAGAUGGACAGUUCGCAGAGACAUAUUUCAGUGCUUUCACGAGAGGACAGAUGCCACCAUCAGUUGGAAAUAAUAAUCUGAGCAGCAAAAAUAAGGCUGUAGAAGUAGAAAGGCAAGAAUAUACAGAGAGUCUAGCAGAACAAAUGCAACGCUUGCAGGAAGAGUACCGUAAAAAGCGGCAUGAUGAAAGCAGUAUUUCUCCAUCAUCGGAAGACAGCACUGAUCUAUUGGAUGGGCAGCGCAGUAAAGAUGUAGCUUCAAAACGAAGCUUUUCUUUGCGUUACAUUACAUUACAGGUGAUUCUAGCCCCUCUACGUUCAUUUUGGAUAUAUAUUUUGGGUUUGGUAACUCAAUCUCAAGAGCAAUAUCAGAAAGUUAACAGACAUGAAAAACGUACUCGCAGAACUGGUCUUUGUGAACCAACAAUGGAGUUUAUGUAUACUGCUUUUCAUAUACAAUAUAGACCAGCUAUACAUUGGAUAUGGCAGAUGCUGGCUAUGUUUAUCUGGCCAUUAGUCCGUGUCUUUGGCGGCAGCUUGCUGUUGGACAAGUUUUUGGAGCAAACAAUUCUGCAUAUUCUAAGUGAAAAUCACAUAGUAUUUUAUUUGCGAGCGGGCAGGGAAUUGCUGUGGCCAAAUGGGAGUUUUAUGCAGAAGAGUGAUGCACCAACUCCCCUUCAGCGAGAACAGAUGCGAGUGAGAGCCGAACGACUUCUCACAGUAUCGAUACCAGCUAAACUCCUCACCAUCAUAUUUGAAACGAAUGAUUUCAAUGAGUUACAGAACCAUAUGCACCACACUCUAGAAGCACUCCAAUAUAAGCAAAUCAAUAAGCACUUGUUAUACCUUCUCGUUGAUCUUAUUUUGUCAAAGAUUUUUCCAGAAUUGACCAACGAUGUACUUGUGUGA